UGCCAAUGUGAAUGACUCAAUCGGCUGUUUUCGAGUGGAAAAGUACUGGAGACAGGCUAAUUCCUUUAUGGGUCGACUCGCUGACCCGCUACUCCGCGCCUCACACAUCUAUACAGGCGAAACGGGCUUCCAUUUGCUGCCAACGCGCACUGGUCGAAGGCAAACUUUACAAGUUUUAAUCCGGCAUGCUAAAGUACAAGAGGAAACGAAUGAAGCUUACCAUCCGUGCCAAGUAAGGGUCAGCUGAAUAGUUUUAAGCUCUCGCUCAUAUUGAGAACAAUGGAAGCGAAAUUAGGGUUUCUAUGAAGAUACUCGUGAGAAUACCUCCAGACAAAGGUAUCUCUGUACACAAACUGGAACAUUCAGUAGCUCCAAUGCGCUAACCUAAUUGUCCUAUUCUUUUCAAAUGAAGGAACGCCUAUGGAAGGUGGAGCUUGUUUAUUUGCAAAACUUGGCUGCCAAGCUGUUUGCCUCUGUGUCUUAAUUAUUAAGAUAUGUAAUGUCGUGCUGUGAAGCAGCAAGAAUCUUUGUAACUUGUGAAAAUUUUGUAUACCCUCUUGGAUUGGAUCACAUUUGCAGUCCUGACACGACAGACUCGUGACAAUGGCCAGGGACCCUACAAAGGAUACAGGAUGUGAUCAGACUACACAAGACAGUAGUGUAGUGAAAAAAAGCCAGCUGCUGUUGGAUCGGGGCCAGUGGGCCAACAAACUGGAGUUUUUGUUGGCUGUGGCAGGAACACUUGUGGGCCUUGGAAAUCUUUGGCGAUUCCCAUAUCUGUGCUACAAAAAUGGUGGAGGUGCUUUCCUGGUGCCCUAUGUGCUGUUCCUGCUGUCCUGUGGGAUCCCCAUGUUCCUCAUGGAAACCGCCAUGGGACAGUACACCUCCCAGGGCUGCAUCACCUGCUGGAGACACUUCUGCCCGCUCUUUGAAGGGAUCGGCUACGCCACCCAGGUGGUGAUUGCCUACGCCGCGGUCUCCUAUAUCAUCAUUCAGGCCUGGGCCUUCUUCUAUCUCUUCUCCUCCUUCAGUGCAGAGGUACCUUGGGCCAGCUGCAGGAAUCCCUGGAACACAAAUUCUUGUGUGGAGUUUGACAAGAGGAAUAUCUCAGCAAACUGGACUGUGCCUGAAAAUGCCACCUCACCUGCCACAGAGUUCUGGGAGAGGCGAGUGCUACACAUCUCCAAAGGAAUUGACCAUAUCGGUGCAGUUCGUUGGGAGCUUGCACUGUGUCUGAUUCUGGCCUGGGUGCUGUGCUACUUCUGUGUGUGGAAGGGUGUUAAAUCAACUGGAAAGGUGGUGUACUUUACGGCUACCUUCCCUUACGUAAUGCUGAUCGUGCUGCUGGUGCGUGGUCUCACCCUCCCUGGAGCAUCAGAGGGCAUCAAGUUCUAUUUGUACCCAGAUCCAGCACGGCUGAUGGACACACAGGUGUGGAUGGAUGCUGGUGCACAAGUCCUGUUCUCCUUUGGAAUCUGCCAAGGAAGCCUGACUGCACUUGGGAGUUACAAUCAAUACAACAACGACUGCUACAAAGACACUUUCGUCUUGUGUUUGGUGAAUGGAGGCUCCAGUUUUGUGGCAGGGUUUGCCAUCUUCUCGGUUUUGGGGUUCAUGUCGUAUGAGCAAGGCAUCCCUAUAUCGGAGGUCGCCGCAACUGGUCCUGGGCUGGCAUUCAUUGCGUACCCCCGGGCGGUGGCCAUGAUGCCCCUGCCACAGCUCUGGGCCAUCUGCUUCUUCGUCAUGGUCAUCCUGCUGGGAGCGGACACACAGUUUGUGAGUCUGGAGUGUCUGAUGACGUCGGUGACGGACAUGUUCCCCACGGUGUUCCGGCGCGGCUACCGGAGAGAGCUACUGCUACUGGGGCUGUGCACCGUCUGCUUCCUGCUCGGACUCCUGCUGGUCACCGAGGGAGGCCUGUAUUUCCUGCAGCUCUUUGACCAUUACGUAUGCAGUGGUAACAACCUGUUGUUACUCUCUGUCUGCCAGUCUAUAGCCAUUGGCUGGAUAUAUGGUGCGGACCGCCUCUAUGACAACAUAGAAGACAUGAUAGGCUAUCGAAUGGGGCCUUACAUGAAGUACUGCUGGCUGUAUGUCACUCCAAUCGUGUGCAUGAGUACUUUCAUUUCCAACAUAGUGAUGUAUCAGCCUCUGAAGUUUAACAAGACAUAUGUGUACCCUGACUGGGCAUAUAUCCUGGGAUUGUUCUUGGGACUUUUCUGUGUGUUCCUGGUACCCCUUUGGAUCCUCUAUAAAAUAUCUAUAUCCAAGAUGACAACAGUUGAGACCGUAAAACACCUCUGCCGUCCAAAUCCCCAAAAUCAGAACCUGAACCUGAAGCAGACUGCAGAGCGAUGCCCCCUGAACCCCGACACGUCCCUCUGUCCCCCAUCCAACGACAUCAAGGGACAGGGUGGAGUCGAACUGGAGAACCAAGUUUAGUGGCCAUCUUUAUUCCACUUGCAGUACUUCGAAUUUCCAAUAUUUUUUUAUGAAAUACUCCAUCUUGUUUUUUAGUCUAGCGGUCAGCUCAUUUUGUGGUGUACUGUACACUGAUUAUGAAGGUAGGGAUAUGCUUGGUGUGUGAUGUAACUUGCAUGUACAACCAUUUGCGAACGAGUGCACAUACUGUACUACAUUGCGCACAAUAUUGGAGGUAUCAUCUAUGGGGCAGAUAGUUAACGACCUCUCAUUAAUAUUUUGUACAAUUGUUUGAUGCUACUGUGACCUCAACAUGGAAGGUCAGAAGAUCGCCCCUGGCAGUUGUGCCAAUAUUGCAGUGCGCACACGCGCAAUAUUGCACUGUGCAUACGUACCUUGGAUUCAAGUGAGCUGCUACAUAAAAAAAACUCAUGGCCACGCAUUUGUGCACAAAAUGUGCACGCACACGCAUAUCCUACAGCAAGCAUAUUCCAGCCCCGCGACAGUAGAUGGACAGUCUGAAAGAGGUUGAAUUUUCAAAUCAGCCAGUUAUUAUUGAGGUCCUUGAGGUCCCUGUUGUCCUCAGUCAUUGAAUGCAGUAUAUUGUUAGAAUAAAAACAAAAUCAAACUAAAAGAGUUAACUAUUGAUGACAUGAUAUGAUGUGUGAAAGGUUAUGUUGGUGAAAGGUGAAAAUGCUUGUUACUGAAAGUGAGAUGCUUGGCACUGCCACCUUUUCCCAGCAGCAAAAUAGUAAUUAAAAGUUUUAUGUCUCACUAGUUGAAUCAUCUUUUCUAGGAAGGUUUAAGUGAUGGACAGAAACGAAUCGGUAAACCACUAGAUCCGUUUGUUUCAGAGCUUGUACGAACGCAUUACUUGAAACUUGAAUAUCAAGUCGCACUGGGUCUCCUUAGACAGGAUAUUUGUGUAAGAGGUAGGAAGGUCCCCGUCUUCAUUUUAGACAAUGAUACGUACAGUAUAUCACAGUAUGGACUUGCAGUGGUUCUAGUCAAGUUGCUUUUGAUUGUGCACCUACGUUGGCCAAGGACAUGGCUGCUCUUGGCUAUUUCAAACUGCUCUCCGGCCUCAGUCCCACCCAUCUUUUAGUGAAGUAUUAGGUCAAUAUAAAGACUGUAUGCAGCCAUUAAUCAUUAGUAACAAACUUUUAGGACAUUAAUUGUUAUUAAUUGAACAAGGAAAUGCAACCCAACAUGCAUGGGACCACCAAAUGUUUUUUUUCUGUCCAACUCUGUUAGUUUUCUGUGAAACUAUGUACAAAUCUGCUGUUUUUAUAGUCAAAGGCACUGUUCACUACCACUCCCCUGGUAGAAACGAUGUGUGAUUUGUCGUUUCCACAGUGUGUGGUUACUGGAUUGGAGUGCAAAAUCUCCAUAGAAUAUGAUGUCAACAUACUUUGUUUUAAUUGAAAAAAUCUGUAAAAUACAAUAAAUUAAGACUAUGUAGGAGCAACAAAAUAAAACAUUAGACGAGAGCUAUUGAUUGAAACACGGGAUGAAUUAAAUACAUGGAUUCUCUUGCUAUCUCCAUCAACUGAAAUAAGUAUUGAAGGUAGAGUAUGACAUUUUUGUAGUAGUUUGUUUCCAAAAUGUAUGUUGCCCAUUCUCAUCUUAUUUAUGAAUAUUCACUACCACCAUCAGUUUGUAAGUAUUCAUUAUGGCUUGAGAAUAGGCAUUGUUCGUAUAUGAAUAGGUCAAUCUUCUUAAGUAGUACCGGUACUUAAAGGUGCACUGUGUAGGAUGGGGGCCAGAGUAGGCAUUGCAAGUAUGCUGCUAAUUGAAAUUGUGCUGCCUAUUGCUUAUCUUUUCAUGAAUAUUUACUAAAUACAGUAAUAACACAAUAUUGAUUGGUGUGACCAAAGUAGAGUAAGUUUUGCAGCCACAAAAAGUCAAUUUUUGGAAAUUCAAAACGGCAAACAUGGAGAAGAUUCACCUCUUUCAUGUAUGAAAAAUACAAUUUUCACAGUCAUAAUGAACACGUAGAAUUUGAUGGUGGUGGUAAGCAUUUAUGUAAAAUGUAACAUUUGUGAAUGGGCGAGGUGCCCUUUUGGCCAUAUAUCAGAAAUAGGUCUCACAUCAUCACUGAUGUUUAUACAAUCACUAUGUUUAUACAUACACUAUUUUACCUCACAUAUGCACUUUGCACAAGCAUUUUAUUUGCAUGUGCGAGAAACAAAUAUUGUAUGUAGGCCUAUAAAAUUAUUCUAUGUAUAAACUUUUAAUGAUGUUACAUACUGUAUUGCAGAGGGGCACCUCAUACUUAAUUACUAGUACUUAGGCUUAAGUACUUCUUAAAUGAUUUUGGGAAAUGCCGCCCAGACCAGUAAGUAGUGUAGGCCUAUUUACUUUCUAAAGAUUCAUGACAAAGACAGCAUUUGUGACUGGAAAACAGUACAUUAAAAGAAGGAAGGUCCCACGGUAACUCUGCUUAGUCAUUUGUUUUGUUAUUAUGGAAAUCUUUGUAUGCCAUGCUUUUGAGCAUUCACAUCGACAUGUCAUUAUAUUAUGAAUAACAUAAAGGACUGGGGUGAAUUUCUCAAAACCAAAGUUGCUAACUACAUAAGCUACUUCGUUGCUUUCAAUGCAUUUUCCCAUUGGCAACUACCGAAGUUGCUAACAGGCUAACAACUUCCCUUUUGAGAAACUCACCCAAGAGUUGCCUCGGGACCUUCCUUCUUUCGAUGUUCUGCUCUUUUCUCCUUGAAGAGCACAUGCACUUACUUGUUUCAGACCUAAGGCAGCGCUCCCCCAUCUUUCUUCUGGACAGCAUACAUGUUGGAAACAGACUAAAAUUUCACACUAGACCUUUAAACAUGCUAGAUUUAUCAUCCCCACAAAAGCUUGUGUCUUUGCAUCAUACUAUUUAGCAGGGCUUGAAAACGAAAUUAUUUUUCAAACGUUCCGUUCCGAACGGUUCAGGCAAGUUUCAGUUUAACGUUUUCGUUCCUGCAAUCGUUCCCCCAUAAAAAUAUCGUUCCUGAACCGGUUCGGAACGAAAAAUAACGUUCGUUCUUAACGUUCCUGCAGUGUUUAACGGCCAUAUUAAGUCUAUUUUCGUGGACUUUAUCUUAGAAUAGACGUACUCAUUAUUUCCCCUUGAUUUACACAGCUAUUCUCAAAAAUAAUAACACACCCAAAAACACUCAGGUGGGCUAUCCAUCCUGGCAGAUUUAACCGGAUGCCUAUAAUUCUUAUCAAAAGUAGCCUAUGCCAGCCCAGUAGCGGUGGGUGGAUGUUGAUUAGGGAGGCACAAUACAGAAUAGCCAGAGAGAGUUUAAAAAAAUAGCCGGAGAGAGUUCCUAAAAAAAAUCUCUGGAAUAGCGCAGGUAAACGUCAGCAUAGUACGAGGUGUCGAUAGGCAUGGCUUUCAGUUCUUGCCUAGCUCUAUUUAAUAGGCCAUGAGGUUUGCAGCAAGUGAACCGUGUAAGUAAAAGGGACACAGUUUGCUCCACAAAAAAAAAUCCCAAACUGUUUUGAGAUGUGCACGAUGCAAGGAAGGGGUCACUAGUUCUAGAGAAGGGACAGGUUGCAUAGUCUGAAACCUUGGAUAUGUUCUCAGAUAUCGGCUACCAACCAUUCCAGUGCAAGUCCAUCACCACAAAACCGGAGACCUUUUGUAGCCUAACAGACAAGCGUCACAAAAUAGUAAGAGUUUCCACGUAGUCCAUCCCAUCAGCCCAGCCCUCUGCACGACAGAAGAGAAUAAUAACUUAAACUACAACAAAUGCGCUGUCUUUCUCUAUCCCUGCUUGUUGUCACACGCGACCUACUUUUGAUGACAGCCAGGAAAUAUUGCGCAAUACUGGGGAAACCAUCGAAACAUUGAGCGGGCCAGCUAACGUCAGCUAGCGUCUGUCCAUCUGCCACGAAUGACUUUAUCCCGCAUUGACCACAACAACAGAUAAAUAAGACGUCCUUGAUUACAGCACAUAAAACACCAGCUCUCACCUCUCUUCUCUACAACCGACAGUGGGAUACACUGCGCACAACAAAAGCACUUCAGUAACUUUACGACAACAUAAUUUGCCAUAACCGCAUUGAACAUCGAGGCACUCGGCGGUGCCAUUACAAGUAGUAAGCUAAACAUGACUUACCCACCAGUUGCCUCUCGAGACGAGCACUCUGCGAAUUAGGUUCAUCAAAUCGCCUAUCCAAUUCCUUUGCAAAUCAUAGACUGUAUGGUCCAAAUACUCUGUCCCUGUAGGAAUCCCAACACCGAUCUCAAGACAUGUUCUCUUUUGCUCUCCAUGGUGUCAAUAUAAAACUCUGUAGGCGGCGGCCUACUGUCCGUGAAUGAGACUGAAGAACAGCGCGGGUAAAGUGUCAUUUCUCUUACAAAAAUGUAUUUGAUAUUGGUGGUCAACAACUUUAGGGCGGGUUUAUUAGAGCCAACUUCCAAUCACUACGAGAAAGCCAGGAUAACAGACAGUUUAGUUCUAGUUUCCUAUCAAAAUCUCUGAGGAGAAGCACAUCCUAAAAUUUACCCAGGAAGUUUCUCCAUACAAUGCACAGUCGCACUCUGAUUGGCCAAUGCUCCUCAAUAUUUUAUCAAUCGGCGGCAAGAGCUCAGGUGAAGCAAAAUGCUGUUGCUGUAUGCAUGUUUCCCCUCAUACACGUCAGUAGCCGAACUAAAAGACUGCUCGUCGCCAUGGUUACUCCUCAAACAAAAUCGUGCACUUGUAUGAAAUAUAGAGAACGAAAAAAAACCCGUUAUUAACCGGUUUGUGGAUUUCAGAAUAACGUUUUUGUUCCGGAACACUUGAAGACCAUUUCGUUUUCGUUUCCGUUUCCGUUCCUUGUAAAAUUCCAUAAAAUUUCGUUCGUUUUCGGUUUUCGUUUUCGUUCCUCGAACCGGUUCGGAGCCCUGCUAUUUAGACAACAAUUUAUAUGGAAACUGACCCCAAGUAUGAUAUUCAGUAUGUUCUGUAUACUACAUUUUCUCACUAUCUGAAUGGACGGGAAAUGUUCAAAAGAUUUUUGAAAAACUUUGAUUGCCAUCAGACAACAGGCAUGUGAAUUGUUGAUCAGGUGAUAAAAUGGUUUGUAUCCGCGAUCCACGAUCUUGAAGUAAAAAAAAGUGUUUCAACAAAUCCGACUCUCCUGUACGUAAAUGUAAAUCCAUUUUAGUAGUUUAGGCUAUUUUCACAUAUAGUCCACUUAAUUCAGUCAUCUGUAAGUAGACCAAAUAGUGAGCCAACAGAACAAAGAACUCAGUUCAGUCUGUCUUUGUCUGUGUGAGUGUAUUACAAAAAGGACCAGAUGCUCUUCUGCCAUUAGGCAUAUAUGGGGUGCCAGUCCUCUACAGUCCUAUAGAGCUCUCCUUAAGUGAUUUCACAGUCUAGUCACUGGUGUAACUUGUCAGGCCUCUUACUGAGACCACAUCAACAAAGGUCUCAGUACAGAUCACUUCCGAGGGGUCUGGGUAUGCUUUGCAGCAUUCACACAUAAAAACACUGAGUCACAGGUCUGAGUCCGCUUAAACGGCUGAGAGGGACCAAGUGUGGAAAUGCUCUACCACAAGUCAAGAAAAGUUAUUAAGGCAGGUUCAUCAUGCACACAGACAAGAAACAUGACAUUCAUGUUAAUGACAACAUUCACAUACUAUACAGGCUUAUUUACCAAGAGUGGACCAGUUUAAUGGCAUAGUACAUACAUGCACACACACCACACAUUCAAAGACAAAGAACUGUGGUCAUAACCCAUUGCUUCACUUUUCAAGCCUCACCAUCAACUGAGUGAGUGACCACUUGAAAGAGAAAUAUUAGGACUGCGUAGUAGUGUGACUCCUUCCUGGUUCCGUUCCAAUGGCAGGGAACAUCACUCCCCAGGCCAUACUGCACUGUAUGACCAGAGAGUCUUUAAGUAUAGAGAUAUGCCAACAUAAUAGGUUUCUAUGGGCACCUAACGCGACCAGGUUCCGGUCUGCCUAAAGGGGCGUGUCAUAAUGCUCCUACAAUGAAUAGAACAGUCCUUAGGUCUGCCUAGGUAUGACUUUUACACUGGCACUAGUUCCAUGGAGCCAUGGUUCCAAGGUUCUAUGGAACACCCCUGCUACAUUUGUUUUUGUCUUCACACCCUGUUUUUUUUUUUUUUGGAAGAGCCUCUGACAUGGUUCCAUGCGUUCGAAGUCUAGUUCUAACUUGUCACAUGUCACCCUGUCUGGAACAGAUUGGUCGUCAUGGGCAAUAAUUUGUCCGCCUGCACACAUUCACCAUGGCUCAGUAUGUGCAGCUGCCAAUGGGUCUCCUCAUGCCACAAUCAUGAGAUUCUACCUCCUGGAUGCGGUAGCAUGUAAGACUGGACAAGUCAAUUGCGAGGAGAAUAGCCGGCUUGAGUUUUCUAUUGCUUUUCUUUUAUAAAGCCUUGUAUGAUGAAAUUGGUUCUUUAUUUCUGCAUAGCCCUGUGUUGGAUCUUUAUGGCUGGCAUAAAAUCAAAACAUUUUUCGUGUGUGAAAGCAAGGAAAAAGGCAGUGAUGAUCAUACAGAAAUCAAUGUUAUUUUUAAUAUAAUUUAUCUUACUGCAUUGGGGGAGAAAGUCAUUGUGAAGGUGCAUUGAUGGCAUUCGUAUAGGCCUGUCUUGUCUCAAAGUGACUAUAGUUUGUCAACCAUUUUACUGUCUCUGAUCGUUGUCAUCUCAGAUGUACUGCGUUAUUAUAGACCAAACUGCUACAUGUGUGAUUGGUCAGACAACACAAAUGCUGCUGAGAUAGAGGUUACAAGUACAAGAAUAGUGUUAUGAUUGAAAGUCCUACAGUCAACUUACCGUAAAUUAACACUUUGCUUCCCGGCUCCAUAACAAUUAUCCAGCCAUAUCCUGAUGAAUGAAAAGAAAUCUAUUACAACAAUUAAUUAAUUGCCACAGCAAUUAAUGGAGCAUGUGAAUAUUGUGAGCCUAGAAAACUGCAGUCAAAUAUGCCAUAAAUCAUGUUUUAUGAUUUCACAAGAGGUGUUGAACAUAUUCAAAGUUUAUAAUAAUUAAAGUAAAGUAUAUUUUCAGAUUAAAAACAAAAACGUUUUGUUUCUACCUCAUGGCAACAAUUAACUAAUCGGGCACUUUUUGGGGUUUAAAAUUAGGUUUUUUUUUGUUUUUUUGUUUUUUUAAAUCAGCUUAAAUUAUUUAUGCCCAUUUAUUCUUGCUUAUUGAUGCAUCUUUUUCAGAUUUAUAAAAUAAGUAAAAAUUAUAAAAUAAGUGAGUACAUACUUUAGAGUGUUUUAAUACUUUCAUAAAAUAUAUUAUUGAUUUCCAUUGUAUGUGCAUUGCAAUGAUCAGCGUUAUUUUCCACAUGAACGUAGAUGCCAUGAACACAGCCGGUCUUUGACAUGCAGCUGUGAAUUGUAGUGCGUAUGUUGCUGUUGUAAUGAAGAACAAAUGCUGACAAAAUAUUCACCAUACAUUUUAGACAUGAGUCACUGUGUUUUAUAAUCAUUUGUUGUCCAUUUUUGUUAAUGAUUUUUUUUCCAUAUUUCAUUGGUGUCAUAUUGAUGACAUUAGUUUAAAAUGGCAGCUUACAAAGACAUAAUGCACUGUAAGAAUAAAGGAUGA